AUGACUGUAGUUUCUACAGCCCUGGCCAAAACCGAUGGUGAAGGGUUAGAGCCAGCUGUUGGCGACGGGUUGGAACCAGCGACCACUACGGUCCAAGCGAAAUCAGCUGCAGCAGCAGAAAAACCCCGGCUUAGAUCGUUCUUAUCAGCUGUGAGGAGACGGCUCCUCAAAUUUGGAAAGACGUUAUGCUGCUGUUGCUGUUGCAAAUAA